AUGCUUGGUACCGUGCAUUCUCUCGUUAAGUACACUCUUUAUUUGGCAAAAAUUAAUGUUUUUUUCUCUUUCCCCCACCACUUCCCGACUGCUUUUCCGGUGAAAAUGGCUCAGUGUUUGGCUCCUUCAGUGCAAUGGCAAACAAGGUUAACAAAGAAUGCAAUGGAAACAAGCUCAAUGACCUCAAAAAUGUGGAACUCUGUGUCAUUUAAGCAAAGCAAGAAAGGAGCAUUUAAAAGCUCCACAAAAUUUAGAAUUUGUGCUUCAUCAAGUGGAACUAUUAACAGGGUUGAGGAUUUACUAAACUUGGAUGUUACUCCUUACACUGAUAAGAUCAUUGCUGAAUACAUUUGGAUUGGAGGUUCAGGAACGGAUGUGCGCAGCAAGUCAAGGACACUCUCGAAACCAGUGGAGCAUCCUUCUGAGCUUCCAAAGUGGAAUUAUGAUGGAUCAAGUACUGGACAAGCACCAGGAGAAGACAGUGAGGUUAUCUUAUAUCCUCAGGCGAUCUUUAAGGACCCUUUCCGUGGUGGCAACAACAUCUUGGUAAUCUGUGAUACAUACACUCCACAAGGAGUGCCUAUCCCUACAAACAAACGUGCUAAGGCUGCUGAGAUUUUCAGUGAUCCUAAAGUUGUAGCACAAGUUCCCUGGUUUGGAAUUGAGCAAGAGUACACUUUGCUUCAACAAGAUGUGAAGUGGCCUUUGGGUUGGCCUGUUGGAGGGUACCCUGGUCCUCAGGGUCCAUACUACUGUGGUGCGGGGGCAGAUAAGUCAUUUGGAAGGGACAUAUCUGAUGCACAUUACAAGGCCUGUUUAUACGCCGGAAUCAACAUCAGUGGAACCAAUGGUGAAGUCAUGCCAGGACAGUGGGAGUUCCAAGUGGGUCCCAGCGUUGGAAUCGAAGCCGGUGACCAUAUCUGGUGCGCCCGAUACCUUCUUGAGAGAAUUACUGAACAAGCUGGUGUUGUUUUGACACUUGACCCUAAGCCAAUUGAGGGAGACUGGAAUGGAGCAGGAUGCCACACUAACUACAGCACAUUAAGCAUGAGAGAAGAAGGUGGAUUUGAAGUAAUCAAAAAGGCGAUUCUGAACCUUUCCCUUCGCCACUCAGACCACAUCAGUGCUUACGGUGAAGGAAACGAAAGAAGAUUGACAGGAAAACACGAAACCGCCAGCAUCAACACUUUUUCAUGGGGUGUUGCGAACCGUGGUUGCUCAAUCCGUGUCGGUCGUGACACUGAGAAGGCAGGCAAAGGUUAUUUGGAAGACAGGCGUCCAGCAUCAAACAUGGAUCCAUACACAGUGACUGGAUUACUUGCAGAAACCACUAUCCUGUGGGAGCCUACACUUGAGGCUGAAGCACUUGCUGCUCAGAAAUUGGCACUGAAUGUGUAAAACAAUCAAAUGGAUCCAUGUUCUUCUCAAGCUUGGAUUUAGUUAUUUGUUUCUAGUUGAUUUUCUUCAAGAACUUGUGUAGAUAAAGCUCCCAAAAAUCACCAUGCCUUCGUAUGCAAAUCUUUUUUUGACAAAUUGGGUGUUUGGUUUUUCUGAAUAUUGUUGAAUAGUUUAUGCGCAUUUUGAUGUGUGCGUAAGUCCUUUUGGUCACGUUUCAGUAGGUUCUAUGCUACUUUUGCUUUUUUUUUUUGACCGAAGAAGCACCUUUAGGUUUGAAGGUGUUUUCUUUUGGUCUCGUUAUCUAUGAUAAAUAAUUAAUAAUGGAGUUGAUACUCAGGGUAGUGUCUUUGUUACAUUGUUUUUAUCUCCUUUUUCUAAGUUAACUACACAUCUAGCACUUCAGUAUUUUUGAAACUUAUUUUUUCAUAUCAUACUUGAUUUUAAUAAUGAUUGGUACUUGGUAAAAGUAAAUAAACUUUAUAAUUCAGGGUUUAAAAUGUACUUAGAUUUGGUAUGGUUCAAAAUAUGUUAAGGCACGAGUGUUGUUUUUUAAGACAGCUUUUAUUUUGGGAAAUUGAG